AUGCUGUUUGAGGUCUCAGUCUCGAUAUAUAACUUGCAGGAGAGGGUGGGACUUGUAUCGUAUGAUGGCCUGAAGGCUCAGAAAAUUCUACAGCUUUUGGGAGUCUGGACACAAAAACACAAAGCUCUCCAGCAACUACAAUUGGCCUUCCAUCAUUUGCUAGGGCCGGGUGUCAACUUCUCUAGCCAAGUCUACAAACAAUGA